AAACGCGACAGCGAGAUCUGGUUCGAAGAUGGGACACUCGUGCUGGUCGUCGAAGAUACAUCGUUUCGCGUCUACAAAGGGCUCCUCACGCUUCAUUCGCCCGUUUUUAGGGAUAUGUUUUCGUUCCCUCCUCCAUCCUCAGACAACAUCUCUUCCCACACACCUUUGAUGGACGGCGAUCCGAUGCAUUGCGCGGUGGUGCAUCUCCCGGAUUCCGUUCGAGAUUGGAGAUAUGUUCUCCGCUUUCUGUUCAACUGCGGCGACAAAUUAUCGCGCGAGUCAUGGGACAUAGGCAUAGAGGAACUCCUAGCUUACGCUCGUCUGGGACACAAAUACCAGAUAGAGAGUAUGCUCCGACGGGGAAUUUCGUCUCUCAAGUUUGACCUUUAUCCUUUCUUCAUCCCACUCCCGGAAUUGGAAGACUGUCGAUCCCACAUCGAUCCGAUUUACGGACCAGGCAUAGUCAACCUCGCACGCCUAGUGGAAGAGCCAUCUCUCCUACCACCCGCAAUGCUCCUCUGCUCGAGGACUGUCAACCCCGGCUACACCGGCGUUCUCGUUUACAGCGACGGGCAGCGCGAGCAUCUAAACGCAGCCGACGAAGCGCGCUGCGUACGAGCGGGGCAGGGGCUGUUGCUCGCCACGAUUUCCGCGUUCAACGCGGUGAUAUCCACCCCCAUGCGGUGCAGUAGGCGACAGCUUCUGCGGACGUCCCCGUGCCAGAAACGGAUGGACGAAUACAUUUCGAUGCAGUGUCGUGGAGGCGAGCAGCCGACUUUGAUGUCAAUGCUGGAACCGUUGAUGUGGGGUAUUCUCCGCGACCCCGGCAUGGAGGCCCUCGAAAAAUCGCUAUGCACGAGCUGUUGGAAGGAGAUCCGGAUCCGAGUCAAGCAGCAGCGCCGGGUGGUAUGGAAUCAACUGCCGAGGAUAUUUGAGGUCGGAGACGUUCCGAACUGGGAGAUACAGUGGGAUAAGGUGAGUCUGCGACCAGGGCGCCUUAUACCACUGAGACCGACACAGCACCCCAAUCUUCUCGUCGAACACAGAGUGAGAUGGAUAGCUUGUUGCGUUCUGGAUGACGUCACUCGACUCUGUCCAUAUGGUCGCCUCUCGACGUGCUGCGCAGGCGCUAGUUAG